AUGAAUAUCUCCACAAAACUUGCCACCCGUUACCAUGCACCAGACAGCGGUGUCUUUCUCUUACUACCCUCGUCUUGGGUCCCAUAUGCUGAGCUGAUGCGACUUGAUCGUCCCUCUGGCUACUAUGCCUUCUACUGGCACUAUGCCAUUGGCCUGGCUUUCGGGGCCUGUAUCGCCCCGCAACUUGUCUCUCCCACAGCGCUUGUUGCGUUUACGGGAUAUUUGGCGCUUUGGGUGGUCAUUCUGCGUGGCGCUGUCUGUACCUGGAAUGAUAACCUCGAUCAAGAAUUUGACCGCAAGGUCAUACGCACCCGCUUCCGGCCGAUCGCCCGAGGUGCCGUGAGUACGGCCCAAGGCCACGUCUUCACGCUCAUACAGACUGUGGUGGGGGCGGUCAUGCUCAUGCCACUACCAUGGGCCGUUCCGGCCUACGCAGCAAUCAUGAUGGCUAUUCUCACCAUCUAUCCUCUUGGCAAGCGCGUCACAGAUUUUCCACAGGUGAUUCUUGGCAUAGGAUUCGCCAUUCCAAUUUUCAUGUGCUGUGCUGCGCUUGAUACCGAUCCCUUGCUCCAACCCGAACUGUUUGGCGAGCCGGAGGCUGUAGCUAUGAAGUGGGGUGGAGCAUGCUUGUACUGUGCAAGUGUUCUGUGGACCAUAAUCUUUGACACCGUGUAUGCACACCAGGAUAUCAAAGACGACGUCAAUGCAGGAGUAAGAUCUCUGGCCGUUCGUCUCGGCGAUCACACAAAACCUGGAUUGGGCUUCUUGGGCGCUAUACAGAUUAGCUUGCUCGUAGGAGUGGGGCGUCUGUGCAACUUCUCGGUGUUUUACUUCAUGGUAAGCUGCGGCGGAGCAGCAUCAGCACUCAUUGCCAUGCUGUGGUUUGGGCCAGGUUCAAGAUUCGUUAGAGCGAGCGUUGUUGUAGGUCUACUAGGCCACUAUGCUUUUAGGUGGACGAGCAAGUAGUAUCACCAUGAAGGGAUGUAAAGAAAGGAGAAGUUCCUGUG